GGUCGUGUGUAUUUCUUUUGUAUGUUUGUUGUUUGUUUAAUUUUUUAAUUUCCUUUUUAAUUGGUGUAGUCGUGCGUCAUCGAUCAUAUUGAUAACUAUUCAUAUGCACAUAUUAUAUUAUAUAUUAUACAACAUUUUUGUGAUAAAUUGUGAGUGACCACAUGCUGUCGUUAGUAUAUCUAAUAACACAAUAAUGGGUUAAGUAUUGGAAUGUGCGCGUUACAAAAAUAAUUAUAAUAGUUAAUGUGCGAAUGUGAAACGAUGGUGAUAUUUGUGCGAUUGUAGUGCGUUUUCUCGGAUAACUUUUAGCUGGAGCUGCGUAAAAACCAUAAUGGAUACGAGUAAUGUCAACCGAUAAGAUGCAGUGCAAGUGCGGCCUUUGGUGCGCAUUCCUCGUAAUUUUGGCAGUGUCUGCCAUUUCGGCCGCUCAACUAAUCAAAGAUGAUUUGAUGGUGGUGAUUCCUACCAGCAUGCCGGCUGACGAUGGACGAACUACGACCGACUAUCGACGGCAGCGCAACGCAACCUCUAGGCCGGUGGUCGGCACUCUCAGGAGAACACCGAUGCCACCACUUCACCGAGGAGGAUCCGGACUGGUUUCGCUGGACACGCUGCCGGACACUGAUGAGACGUCGAUGCCCCGGGUUAAGAAGAAGAUCAAACACAAACGGACGUGGGAUGAACCCGAGGCCCAAGGAUCGGAAGUGCGAAACGCCACGUCCAAGAGACCGGACCGGAUCAAGACCCGUAGGAGGUUGUUAGUACCGUCGUCGAGCACAGCUAGGGCACUUCGAACAGCGGCUGUGACGUCCCUGCAAGAAGACCCGUACUACGAUUUCGGCAAAAAGAUCAGAUACCCACCGCAGCCGUCGUCCCCACAAUCCACCGUAGAUGGACUCGGCACGCCGUCUGACUCAGAGACUAGGACGUCGCUCAGGUUGCCGGUGGUCGUCCAGCAGGUGCUGGACGCCACGCCCCGAACCAGAGCGCUACCACCACCUCCACAUAACCGCAACCAUAGUACUGCGACAACGACCAGGCGACCCACAGAGAACUCGGCUGCGGGGGCAGCGGAGUGCUUGUACCCUAGAUUCACCAGACGGAACAACAAAUCGCGAGCUCGAAGAGACGUGCGGUGCUUGCCGGAAUCGGACGUCAGGACCACGAGGAUAAUGUCGACCGUUGUCACGUCCGUGUCGGUGAAGGGUAGCCCGCAGAAAAGAAACGACUCUACCGUCGAGCCCGAUCAACAUCCCAUCGAGAAUCACCGCCCGGAAACCAACAGUGGUAGCGACGCGACCGGCGCGUACAAUUUCGGGCCGACUACGACGAGUUCGGAACCUGCGAUCGCCGUGUCGGCGUACCCGAAAUACCUCCGAAACCGGUACCGAAACAUUUCGCUGCCCGAAUACUUGGAAAUCACCAAAGUCAACCAGAGACGGUUGAACGGUUCGACUUUGGCUGGAAUCGCGUCCAUAUCAUCCACCACUGCCUCCACCACUACCGUAUUAACAACAGCCACCACUCCCACAGUUACGACAGCUUCCGGUCUGUCGUCCCCGGAUCACCCAGUCGUCGGCACAACAGAAACGUCGGACGCGUCCACUACCGGCGACCGGUCUUCCACCGACACCUCUCAGCCGCCACCCACCGACUUGCAAGAUUUCAUCUACCUGAACAAUGGUACGUCGGAAGCACCUGUCGACGAUAUUGCCACCGAUGUCGCCGCCACGAUCGCCUCCACCAUUGCGGUGGACACUGCCAUCGAAGCCCGCCAGAGGAGGCCGCUGCUACAGCGCAGCAACAUCACCAGACCGUCAACCGAACACGACGUUGGCGUGGUAUACCCGGACGGUCUGGCCACUUCCGUUUACUUUUUAACGUUUUUAGCCAUCGUACCGUUGGUGUUGGUGAUCAUAUUCGCGUUCAAGCUGGCUAUGCGGCGAAAAAAGAAGAAGGUGUUCGAUAGUUCGGAAUAUUCGUCCGAAUACAAUCGCAGCCCGCUGGACUUCAAUACGAUCACUUCAUCACCAAUCACCACCAAACUUCCCAGGGUGCCACAGCACAUCGUGUGGGACGCCGAAAAGGCGCCCGUCGUCCCGGUGCCCACGGGCAACAGCCACUGGGAGUUCCCCCGGGAAAAGCUGCGGCUCCAGACCAUAUUGGGCCAAGGCAAUUUUGGCCAAGUGUGGAAGGCCGAGGCGGACGACAUUAGUGGACACGAGGGCCUAACCAGGCUUGUUGCCGUGAAAAUGGUCAAGGAGGACGCAGCGUCCCGAGAGAGAGAAGAUCUGAUCAGAGAGCUAAGUAUUAUGCAACAUCUCGGGUCGCAUCCGAACGUCGUCACGUUGCUGGGAUGCUGUACGGAGAAAGAACCGUAUUUACUGAUCAUGGAGUACGUUAUGUACGGCAAACUAUUGGCGUUCCUCAGAGACCGACGGACACGAUCGCAUUAUUUUAAUUUUAGCGACUCCACUGCUUCACUCACAUCUAGAGAUUUAACCAUGUUUGCCUAUUGCGUAGCACGAGGAAUGGAUUUUCUGGUCUCAAAAAAAAUAGUACACAGGGACUUGGCCGCGAGAAAUGUAUUGGUUGACCAUAAUAAAUUAUGCAAAAUAGCCGAUUUUGGUAUGUCUCGAAAUGUCCGCGACACUAACCAGAUUUACGAACAAAGGCAUACAAAGGGUGCUUUGCCUAUCCGUUGGAUGGCUCCGGAGUCGUUACAUUAUAGUAUAUUCACAUACAAGACUGACGUGUGGAGCUUUGGUGUACUAAUGUGGGAAAUUGUCACUCUAGGUUCAACCCCUUACUGCACGAUGGGUGCACGCGAAGUAAUGAGACGUGUGCGUGAAGGCUACAGACUUGACAAACCAGCGCAUUGUCGAUCCGAAUUGUUCAGGGUGAUCACCAAGUGUUGGGCGGCCGACCCGUCUAAGCGACCCACGUUCGCCGAGUUGAAGCAAGAGCUAGGCGCACUCCUGGAAAACCCAGAAUUCGAGGGCAGCUACGUGGACCUGGAGAGCCUCGUCGAUGAGUCGGACAGUAACGCCAAGGACAGACAAUAAUAAUAUUAUAAUAUCGUGUACGCAUAUUAAUAUGCAGGCCGAAGUGAUCUCGCUAGCUGGAACGUUUUUAUCGAUUUCUUUGCAAAAGAAUCACAAAAAAAUUACAUUAUUUUUUUAUUUGUUGUAUGUUUUAACAGUUUUUAUUACAUUCCUUUUUGAUUUACAUGGCAUUUAAGUAGUUUUAUACUUAGAACAAAAAUAUUGUAGACACACAUGAUUAUUUUAGUCUGUUUGAAUAUGAUUUAUUUUAAUUUAAUCGUAACUGAAAAUAUCACGAUUAAAUACAUACUCGUAGUAUGUAAUUUAAAAACCAUAAUGUUAUUUAAAUAUGAUAUAUAUAUUUUUUUUUACCUAAAAGUAGCGAAGUGGAAAAGAACUGAUUUGUUUU